UCAUGCACAACUAAAAGAUUGGUAUUUUCCCCAGUCUUAAUGAAUGUCCAUGGUUUGUUUACAUUUUUGUAUUUUGGGCUGACAAUGAACAUGGAUUUUUAGAUCUUACCAAAUUGGCUUUCGGUUCUCACUUUCUUUCCCUUACUCAGAACAUGACACGGCUAUUAUUUGCAUAUGCAGAUGGUUGUGCAAUUCUCCAAAGGCAUCUGAACUUUGAACAGUAGGCUUCCAUUUUUCUUUUUUGGUCCACUAAAAUGGAAUGGGUUAUAAAAACAAUUUGCACCGUGAACUAUGGUUGGGUUCAACCUCUUCAAAGCAUGUUUUGCCAUUUAUUCUAACACAUGUACGGUUCUGCACGCAGGACACUCAGUUGCCUUUGGUGCCAGACAUUGCAUGCCUCACCCAAUGGUUGCGCGUAAAGUCGACUGACGCUUACUAAAACACUGAUCGGCAACAGAUGCUGGCUCAAGGGUGUUUUAAUUUUUCACGGUUUAGUCAAACCUUUCAGGGGUUCGGUAAAAUCUGUAGUAUUCCCACACACAAGUCAUGCUCGCGUCUCAAUGUAAUCAAGGUGUGAAAUUAUGCAUCUUCAAAUAAAAUAUUUGUGUGGUCAAUUUGCAGGGUAAAAAUUAUAAUCGGACGCGCGGUUGAAUCUGCCACUACCCAGGCGUUAAUCUGUCAUGCGUAGCAACGCCUGGCCAGAGGAACGAACCCCAUCUCAACCUUGCCUGUGGCUGGGGGAGGGGGCUUGUGUGGGAGAAACCAGGAAGAGAAAUGGUAUGAAUAUAUUUGACAACUUCAACCUCAUGUAGCCUGAAUAGCUAGUGUAUUUGACGAAUACAUUUUACUCGACACAACGGAGACCCACUUUAUGUCAAAGUGAAAUAAAAAUUUAGAACGAUAACCCCAGCUUUGAAACGAAAAAGGUUAAAGUUCACAGGAAGCUGGGGGCUACCAUUUUUCACUGCUGCUUACAUUUUAGAUGCUAGAGAGGGAGGGGUGGUCGUCGUGGUUUUAUUUAAAUUCUCCAGACUAUUGAGCAGUACACGUUUUUUUUGUUUUGUUUCGCCACCCCUACUCACUAACAAUUGAUGUUGAAUGAAUUCGGCAUGGAGAGAAUAGCGGAGCAGUCGUGGAAUUCUUCAUACACCUAUCAGGUGAGCAAGCAUAGCGCGGAGAUGCUACACAACCUCAACAUUCAGAGGAAAGAUGGAGGCAAGUUUUGCGAUGUGAUCUUGCGCGUCGGCGAAGAGAGCUUUCCUGCCCACAAGGCGGUACUGGCGGCGUGCAGCGUGUAUUUCGAGUCCGUUUUUGGUUGUCAAACGGAGGGCGACGGGGAGGCAAAAGAGCUCGAGAUGCAUACGAUAAGUCCCAAAGUUUUUAAAGAUAUUUUGGACUUUGCCUACACCUCUAGGAUUGUGGUACGAUUGGAAUGUUUCCCCGAGUUGAUGACGGCUGCUAAAUUUCUGCUAAUGCGUUCUGUCAUCGAGAUAUGCCAAGAAGUAAUCAAACAGUCCAAUGUAAAAAUUCUUGUUCCACCCUCAAGAAGAGGCGACGUCAGUUUAUUCCGUGCCACGGGGGGCUCUGAAUUUAGUUUCACAUUGGCUGUAGACAACUUGUCAAAUGGGAAUGGCUUGUUUACCAACAAUGGGCAGACGCAUAAUGUGGAUGGAAAUCGGGCCAAUGAUACAGUCAUGUCGGGUGGCAGCCCCCAGUCCUCUGUGCCAGUCCUGCAGCCCGUGUCUCCAUCAGAGAUGACGGGCAACCCGUUCCAAGAAGAGGGCUCUUCGGGUUCCAAGAGAGGCAGGGGGCGACCAAAGAAGGGGACAGUCAUGGAACCUAUUCAUUACAACAUCAGCACCUCUGACGUUAAAGAAGACAUUGAGCAGAUAUUUCCUUGUGGAAUAUGUGGCAAGGCAUUUACAGAGGCUGUGCGGUUGAGAAACCACGAAGCGCAGCAUGGAUCGUCCAGCCAUGGCGCGAGUAGCGGCGACGGCUUGUCUGGCGAGGGAGGCCCUACCUCGAUAUCGCACUCUGGUCAGCCCGGUCUGUUGGAGAAUGGCAUGCCAUUGCAUGGAGGAGUAGGCAUAGAAAACAGCCGUAAGCGCGAGAGGACGAGACGUCACGUUGGCUGUGACAUUUGUGGGAAGGUGUUCCGGGAUGUCUACCACCUGAACCGACACAAGUUGUCUCAUUCCGGGGAAAAGCCAUAUGCUUGCCAUGUCUGUGGCCUGCGGUUCAAGCGCAAGGACAGGAUGUCAUACCAUGUCCGGUCACAUGAUGGAUCUGUGGGUAAACCCUACCUCUGUCAAAGCUGUGGAAAGGGGUUUUCCAGGCCAGACCAUCUGAAUGGACACAUCAAGCAGGUUCACACAACAGAGAGACCCCAUAAGUGCCAGAUUUGUAAUGCUUCCUUUGCUACAAGAGAUCGCCUGCGGUCCCACCUAGCUUGUCACGAGGACAAGAUCCCCUGCCAGAUGUGUGGGAAGUACCUCCGAGCUGCGUACAUGACCGACCAUCUCAAGAAACACAGUGAAGGACCUCACAACUACUGUGGUAUAUGCAACAAAGGUUUCUCCACUGCGUCCUACCUUAAGGUGCACGUAAAAUCGCACCAUGGCUCGCCAUUGCUCCCCCGUACUGCCCAAGCACACGGUGCCUUCCCUGCGCUGCACGGGGAGCCGCAGAUGCACAGCGGCGCCCCCUACCACACGGGACGCCAGUGCACAGUGGAAGACCUGUGUACCAGUCACCGGCUGCUGGUCACCUUCCCAGAGGCAGAUGGUCACUGCUUUCUCCCCCAGGCCGGCCCUCCCUCCCUGGGUCUGCAGCCCGAGCUGCUCCUGGGGAAACCAGGGCCUGGGGGGGCUCCAUAUUUCUGGGAGUGCCACUCUGCCGGGCCGCCUGGGUUUCACCCCCUCCACGGGCCUCUGCCAGGUGGUGGACGGCAGCUAACCGGAGAGCAGUGCUACCUGCUGGUCUAAAUAGACACAUUUUGUGUUGCGUGUGCAUGGCCUAAUUUGAGGUUCUCUCUCCCCUUAAACUUCCUCUGCUUUCUGACUCUCCCUGUGUCCUUUCCCUUUACCCAACCCCACCCUAUCAACUCUCCCUCUCCUCCCACCUGUCCUCCACCCCUCCAUAUCCUCCCCCACCCUAUCAACUCUCCCUCUCCUCCCACCUGUCCUCCACCCCUCCAUAUCCUCCCCCACCCUAUCAACUCUCCCUCUCCUCCCACCUGUCCUCCACCCCUCCAUAUCCUCCCCCACCCUAUCAACUCUCCCUCUCCUCCCACCUGUCCUCCACCCCUCCAUAUCCUCCCCCACCCUAUCAACUCUCCCUCUCCUCCCACCUGUCCUCCACCCCUCCAUAUCCUCCCCCACCCUAUCAAUUCUCCCUCUCCUCCCACCUGUCCUCCAUCCCUCCAUAUCCUCUCCCACCCUAUCAACUCUCCCUCUCUCCCAUUACCUGUCCUCCACCCUCCAUAUCCUCCCCCACCCUAUCAACUCUCC